AUGCAAGUCCAUCUUGAUAAAGACUGUAGAGGAGCACCUGAUAAUGCAAAAUUGAAGAAAAGGACAAAUCCAUUUUUUAACAAUGAACAAUCAAAUGAACAAUUAAAUGAAACCAGCACCAUUUGUCCUUCUUUCAAAUUACCUAAUAGAAGAAAACUUGCAACUGAAUUAUUAGACAAGGUUUUUGAAGAAGUGAAAGAAGAAUCUGAUAAAGAGAUUUUAUUAGCACAAAAUUUAUGUAUGUCUUCGGAUGACUGGUCAAAUAUUAAUCAAGAAUUGUUUUCAGCUGUUAUCACAGAUACAGCUAAUGAUAUUAUAAAAAUUAAUGAAGUGAAAUCUGUAGUAGAUGAUGCAAAAAAUAUUGCCAAAUAUUUUAAAUCGCACACACAAUCAAUGGCAAAAUUUAAAUGUAUUCAAUGUGAAAAUUAUGAAAGUAGGACACUUAAUAUGGAAGCAGCAGGAUAUAAUGAAUUUACAUCAUAUGUAAAUAGUCAAUUUAGUCAUGAAGAUUUUGUAGAACAAUUUGUAGAAUUGGUUAAAUUUCGAACAAUUAAGAUCCUUUCAAUUCUUACAUCAUCAGCUGCUGCUGAAUGUAAUUUUUCUACUUUUGGAUUUAUUCAUAGCAAAAUUCAAGAGAUUGAUACUGAUAAAGAAAUUAAUGAAGGUGAUGAUAAUAUUUUACAAUAUUUUGAUAUUAUUUCAGAAAAUAUUGAUUUAAUACAUUUGAUAGAUGAUUUAAAUAAUAAUGAUGACGAAUAA